AUGUCUGGAUCACCUAAAAUAGAAGGACGAUUUCGACUCGACGUUAGCACUAAUGGCGACGAUAUUGGUGCAUCUUUUGCAGUUCGAAACUCUAGCAAGAGUUUUCCAUUGAACAACGUGGACGACAUCGUUGAAGCUGAUUUCAUUCCCUAUCGCUAUGAAAUCGGUUCAAAACUUCGCCUCGCCCUCUAUAAUCUGGAUCGACGAGAGCGCGAUGAAGCGGAAGAGUUGAAAAAGAAAAGUAAACUAUGA